AUGGCUGAGGCAGUUGGUUUGUCUUCGUACACUGUUACUACAAUAAGAAAAAAUUACACACAGCCGGGGAAUUGGCCAAAGAAUGGAAAUAUUCCAAAUUUCCUGGAAAUAAUAGUCAUCUUAUCUGUUCCCAUCUGCAUCUGGGGACUAGCAGGGAAUGGAAUUGUCUUUUGGUUUCUCUGCUGCAAGUUGAAGAGGACUAAGAUCAUAAUGUAUUUCCUCAAUUUGGCAGUGGCAGAUUUCAUUGUGGUUUUCUACUACAUGAUAGCAUUUAGUUUAUUUUUGACACCAGUCACUGUCAAUAUGUACUUUUUACGUGUAAUGGAGAAUGUUUAUUUGAUCGGAUACAACUCCGGCAUCUAUUUUUUAACAGCUAUCAGUGCUACAAGGUACCUCACGGUCUUUUUCCCAAUCUGGUACCAAUGUCACCAGCCAAAGCAUCUCUCAGUAAUUGUCUUUUUGUGGACCUUGUCCUGCCUGAUGUCACUGAUGGUAUAUAUUGCCUGUUAUCCAAGAUUCCUCUCAACUCACCGUCUAGGUAGUCUCCGUUGUGGUGCUUCAAGUAUAUUUGCAGUUAUUGUCAACCUCUUUGCUUUCUUUCCCAUAAUGCUAUUUUCUGCUCUGGCAGUUUUUAUCAGAUUGCAAAAGAAAGGGGGGGAAAGCCCUCCAACAGGACUUGAUACCACCAUCACAGUCAUAGUUAUUCUGUUUCUGAUUUUUGGUUCUUCAGUUAGAUCUGUUGAUGCGUAUGCCUAUUGGGAUCAAAGGCUAGGUGCACCAUUCCCAUUUCUAAUUUCUCUGUUGUUUGAUUCCAUCAAGUGCAGCGCCAACCCUUUUGUAUAUCUCUUUCUUGGAUGGCGGAAGAGAGAGACGAGCUUAGAGCCCCUCUAUAAGUUUGUCGAGAGGGCAUUGAUGGAUAAAGGAAGUAUGGCAGAGGACACAGACGCAGGACAAAAGCAGGACUCAAGCCAUCCUAAGAAAUGA